UUACAAAUAAAAGGUUGUUUUUUUGGGGUUUUUUUCUGCUGAGGUGGUGUGGCAGCACACAGAUGAUUGUUACUUCCAUCAUGAUGGGAUACUGAGUGUCAGUUAAUGCAAGUUGGUAAAGGACUUUGACAGAACCCAUUGCCUGAAAGAUGUUUUAACAUUUUAAUGUAAUAGUUGUCUUUUUCUUUUCUUCUGCAGCGCCCAGACAAGCGGUGCCCUUCUCUGAUUCCCAAACCUGUGAGCAAAUGGAUUGCUUUGAGAAUGGAAAGAUUUGUACUCAAAUGGGCUCGCAGCAGCACAGGGAGAGUGGCUGUCAGGUGACUGAGGCUGACAGACCUGUCAGACGUCUCCGGAGGAAGAGAAGAUUGCCUCUGGAUUUGGAGGAUGAGGAGGAAAAUGCGUAUGAGGAUGAGGAGAAGAAUAAAUCAAAUAAUAUGAAAAGCCGCAGAAACACUAAACCAAUAAAACAAGUGCUUCCUGAAAAGAAGAAGGCAUGGAACUGGUCUUCCUACUUGGAAGAGGAACAGAUGCCAGCUGCUCCCCAAAAGCUGUUCAGAGAGUAUCAGUCAUUUCCACAAGGCCGAAAUGGAUUUAAAGUUGGAAUGAAAUUGGAAGGGGUGGAUCCUGAACACCCCUCUCGAUUCUGUGUUCUCACAGUGGCUGAGGUCCAGGGGUACAGGAUGCGACUGCACUUCGAUGGUUACCCAGAGUGCUAUGACUUCUGGGCUAAUGCUGAUUCCUCAGACAUCCAUCCUGUGGGCUGGUGUGAGAAAACAAGCCAUAAGCUGCUUCCUCCUAAAGGUUUCAAGGAGGGAGAAUUUAAUUGGACUUCCUAUCUGAAGAACUGCAAAGCUCAAGCAGCUCCAAAAAGCCUUUUUAAGACCCUCAGCAGUCCUGUCACACCUUCUGGAUUUCGUGUGGGAAUGAAACUGGAGGCAGUGGACAAGAAGAACCCGUCACUGGUUUGUGUUGCCACCAUCACAGACAUGGUGGAAAACCGGCUGCUGAUCCAUUUCGAUAACUGGGACGAGAGCUACGACUACUGGUGUGAAACAAGCAGCCCAUAUAUCCGUCCUGUCGGCUACUGCCAGGAAACUGGAACCCUACUGACAACACCACCUGGACACAGGGAUUCCCAAGCCUUCUCAUGGGAGAAAUACUUGGAAGAAACUAAUUCGCAAGCAGCCCCAGCAAGAGCAUUUAAACUGCGUCCUCCUCAUGGAUUCCAGGUUAAUACGAAGUUAGAGGCUGUGGACAGACGAAAUCCCAUCUUGAUAAGAGUGGCAACAAUCGUUGACAAAGACAACCACCGUGUUAAGAUACAUUUUGAUGGCUGGGACCAUCACUAUGAUUUCUGGGUGGAUGCAGACAGCCCUGACAUCCAUCCUGUGGGCUGGUGUGACAAAACUGGACACGCUCUGCAAGUCCCUCUAGGUGCUGAAGACCCAGAGGGAGCAGUGGGACAGGCGUGUCCUACUCCAGGCUGCCAGGGGAUCGGGCACGUCCGGGGCCCCCGAUAUGGAACACAUUACACCUUAGUUGGCUGCCCAUACUCUGAUGUGAACCUCAGCAGAGAAAACCUGUUACAGGACCGGCUGAGUGGGGAGAGACCUUCCCCUGGGAACAGCAUGCAGAAAGCCAGGAGGCUGGAGACCCCUGGCCCACUGCUGGGAGCAGAGGAGUCUUCCCAGGGUGACUCUUCACAAUCCGGAAAAUCUGCACCAGACAGUGAAAAGUGGUGUCAAAGCAGCAACCACACUCCAUCGGAGCAGUCAGAAAACAGUCGGGAGAGAGGCUGGGGAGAUGAGGAUUCCUCUGCAGACAUCAAAGCCACACCAAAAACGCUUGGGUGCUCACAUACCUAUAUCAAGUUGCAGCUGGUGAAACAGGAAAGCAGUGGGAAAGGCCCUGAUUUGGAUCUCCAGCAGGCUCUCCACCAGUCUAUCUUCAUGCCUUCCCUGGCCUCUAACCCAACCCACCGCCUCCAUCUCUUCUGGGAGCAGCACUGCAGGCUCUUGCCAGAGGUCUCAGGCUUGACAGCCAAACAAGUUGCCAAAUGGACUGUGGAGGAGGUGGUGAGCUUUAUCCAGCGUUUACCUGGCUGCAAAGAACAAGCAUCUGUUUUCAGGGAAGAGCAGAUUGAUGGUGAGGCCUUCCUGCUUCUCAAACAGAACGACAUCGUUAAAAUACUCAGCAUCAAGCUGGGCCCUGCCCUGAAGAUCUACAAUGCCAUCCUCAUGUUCAAGUCUGCAGAAGACAACUGAGAGGAGGCCUUUGGCAGGUCCAGGAGGAAUUGUCAGGGAAUGGAUCUUCAGCUGUGAGCAUUAACAACACACCAGACAGGUGGAUUGGGACUCAGAUGUAUUUUAAGUAUAGCUUAGUAAAAAUGGUUUGAGGUUAUAAAAAUCCUGCCACAGUCUGGAAUAUGGGGAAGCUUCACUUCCAAGAAGAGGAUAUUAUUAUAUUUUGUAAUUGAUUUUGGUUUUGGUAUAUCAAUCUCUUUUUGAGAUCAAGAAGAAACCUCCAGUUCUAAGGGGAAUCCAGGGUAGCACUGUGGAGCUGCACAAGCAAGAAGAAAGUUUUGAGACACUGGCUUUGUGUCCAGUGAUAGUGCCUGAAAGACUGAGUGAUCACCAGCGAGAUUAAUGUGUUCUUUGUAAUAAAAGAGAGAGGAAAAGGAUGCACUUGAGAGCAACUCUCCUGUAUCCUUCACUGCUGGGACUCAGGAGCUGACCUUUUCAGGACUGAUUGUUAAAUUUCAGUUUUUCCCACUGAUCCUGGUUGUUGUGAUACCCUUGGCUGCUGGGCUGUUUACACCCUGGCACAAGGGAGCAUGGGCAGAGGGUUUCCAUCAGGGAUGGCUUGCACUGGUACUGCCAGCAAGUAAAAUGUCCUCAUUCUCUGUCAGGAGGCGGGGGCAGUGCAGGUGGGCUUUGGAUAGGCAAAGAUCCCAUAAGGGCAACUGCUGCUGGAGACAAAGAGAUGUAUUUUAGCUGUAAUUCUCCCAUCAGUGCUUUUGUGCAGCUCCUUCUGGGCCAGGAACAUCUUCUGGCAAAAUGUCACAAUCAGGAGCACUUGGGGAUUGGUGUGCAUUCUUGCCCUCUCCACUGUCAGCCAAAUGCUAGGAACAGGAGUUGGAAAGCCAACUGUGGCCAGAGUGUGUGUGUAAACAGAUUUCCUAGAAGAAAAUGGCCUUUCUUUUGAACCAUCCAAGCUGAUGAAUGUGAAGUGCUUUGGCCUUCUCCC